GUGACGCGCACGUGAAGGAAGCGCGCUCUCACGGAGCUGGAUGAAGAGGUGCAGAGUCGCCGCUCCACGCGGUACUUUUCUUUAAAUUGCAAAUCGAAUAUGAGCGCGCGCGCGAAAGCUCUGCCCAGCUUCUCGUUUGGCUCGUGCGUGUGAAAGAGCGUGUUUUUUCCAAGGAGCUCGGAUGUUUGUUGAGCAUCCUCUCAGCAUCCGCCCACGCUCAUGUGUCACGCGGAGGCAGAGAUGAACACCGCGCGGUAAGGAGCUCCGCGCGCGGAUGGAGGGACUGCGAGGCCACGGCCGGCCGUCAGCGCACCCCCCGCCGGGGCCGAGGAGCUGAUCGGAGCCACCGCAGCAUCCGCAUCCAGCCGCUCACCCUGGAGCUGCAGGGCGGGUAGGGGGACCUCCGGGACAGAGAAGACCCUCACGGAUGAAUCCGCCUCCACCCACCCUGAUGGAUCUGAAGAGAGUGCUAUCGUUCCCUCCAUACCCCGGGGAUUACCUGCAUCCAGUGGUGUAUGCAUGCACGGCAGUCAUGCUGCUCUGUCUGCUCGUCUCCAUCAUGACAUACAUCGUUAAUCACAGCCUGAUCCACAUCAGCAGGAAAGGCUGGCACACGCUCCUCAACUUCCUCUUUCACACCGGGCUGACGUUUGGAGUUUUUGCCGGUGGCAUCAAUCAGAUCAACGUGCCGUUUGCAUGUCAGAUUGUCGGCAUCGUCCUUCACUAUGCCUCCCUUUCCACCAUGCUGUGGUUGACAUUUAUGGCCAGAAAUGUUUUUGGCGACGUCUCCAAAGACCCAUUCAGGGCCCCGGACAAAAAGGGGCCAACCCAAACACGGGGGAAGCCAACCAUCUUGAGAUUUUAUCUCGUGAGCGAUGGCGUCCCGCUCAUAAUUGUUGGCGUCACUGCAGGGUUUGAUUUGGAGAACUACGGCAGCAGAGACGGCGCUCUGUACUGCUGGAUGGCUUGGGAACCCAGUCUGGGGGGCUUCUAUGCCCCUGUGGGUCUUCUGGUCGUGGUCAUGUGCAUCUACUUCUUGUGCACCUACAUCCAGCUGAAACGCCACCCAGAGAGGAAGUAUGAGCUCCGAGUGGUGAGCGAGGAGCAGCAGCAGCUGUCGGCCACCGAGCCCAACCACCACUGCCACCCUGACGGUGGGGGGGCGUCCUCAGAGAGUCCGCCGUUCUCUGCUGGGGUUUCGGUGCUGGCCAACGAGCACUCCUUCAAAUCGCAGCUCCGAGCCACGGCCUUCACUCUGCUUCUCUUCCUGGCCACGUGGGCUCUGGGGGCGCUGGCGGUCUCUUUGGGACAUUUCCUGGAUAUGAUUUUCAGUUGCCUGUACGGGGCGUUUUGCGUCACCCUGGGGCUUUUCCUCCUCAUUCAGCACUGCGCCAAACGUGACGAUGUGUGGAACCGCUGGUGGGGCUGCUGCCUGUCCAGGUCCAAGACUAAGAACAAGAAUGGCGAGGGCCAGAGGCAAGAGCACCAACACUUAAGCUCCCCCUCCUCAACCAAGCAGUCAUUGCUCUCCCCGCACCUCCUACAAAGCUCUUACGAUAAGAUGACCCCUCCACCUCAGAGCCCACUUCCCAGUAACCCCGGUCCCUGUUGUGUGGCGGUCAUGAGUCCUAUGUCUCCCACCCUCCCCCUAGAUGACCCCCUGCCGUCACCUCGCCCACUACCCAACGAUCUCCCUCGUCCUGCUCUUCCUCUGCAGAGCUGCCUCACUGACAGAGCCAAGUCUCGCUCCUUCAACCGCCCCCGGCCCUGCCUCCAGGAUUACCGCUCCCACAUGGCCUCGCUCAGCAUGGACGGAAGCAUGCACAGCCCUCACCUGGACAGCCCCCACUCUGCACACCACCUGCAGGGCUUUCCGCUGGUCUCCAACAGCCCACACCCAGACCUCCAGCUCCCCUGCCCGAGCCCCCACCUGGACAAGCAGCUAGCUUCCUGCCACAACUUGCAGCGCCAGACCUCCUGCCUCAGCGUGCAAGACUCCGUAGCGUCCUGCCAUAGCCACGCCCACAAUAUGCAUGACAACGCCAGCUCCAGCCUUCUCAUACCCUCUCAGGGUGUUCACUCCUGCCAGUGGCACCUGUACAGCUCCGCCGAUCCCUCCCCCAACCCCAGCUGCUGCGAUAAAGCCGACCCGUUCAACGCCCAGUUUUCGGCGGACGAGGACACCGCCUGCGGGUUCAUGCCAAAGACUGCAAGCAGGGAGAAGCACGACGGCUGUCUUGACGUGGAGCACCGAGGCUUCCCCAGAAACACUCUGCCUCGCCAGCACGCCACCGUCAGCCGGCGGGGGACCAUCGGCCGGAACAGAAGUCUCCAGGAGGACGGGCUGUUUGGCGCCGACGCCACUGGCAACAUCCGGACUGGACCUUGGAAGAACGAAACCACAGUUUAGUGUCGACAGAGGGGUUUGGGUUUCCUGCCUUUCAUCUGUGCCCUAAAUAUUUCUGAGAUCUUACCUCCCACAUUAUGGUUGAUACUUUUUUCACUGAAGGUGUUUUUCAAAGUCUUUUUUUGGUAUAAAAAGUGGUUGAGUACUUUUUUUUUAAUGUUGUUUUCUGUCACAAACGUAUCCACGUCUGUGACGCUGCACCUCUGAACCCUCACUCAACCUAUCUGAUGCAUUUCUGUCGGUGAUUACACGACCUGGUGUUACCCAUGUAUGCGGUGGUAAGUGACGUGAAAGCACGUGAACCCAUGUGAGCAUGUGUGUGUUUCAGUGUGCAACAGUGCAUGAGGAUGUUCAUCCACACGUGGUGUGUUGGUGCUCUCAGUGUUCCUGCCAGUUUUCCCACAAAGAUUUUUCUAUACAGACACUUGUGUAUGCUGCCAAAAAACGUCAAACCGCUGCAGUUUGACAAAUGUUGCACUAGAGUGUGUAGUGGAUAGUGACCCUCCCCCACGCCGAGACAAUAAUCCAGAGAAGUGCAAUGUGCUCUGAAGCACAAACUGGUGAGGCCAACGCCACGCCAGCGUCCACUGUGAUGAGAAGGGAGACGUCUUUCAAACUCCAACUCAGGUUUUUAGAAGAUCAUCAGCACUUCUGUGAGUCAGGUCCAUUUCAUAAGCGAGAGGUUCAUCUUCCCUGUGGUGAUGAAGGUGUUGUUUACAGUAGAGGAGGUUGCUUUCAAAGGCUGAUUCACUCUGGUCCGUCUGUUGUGUGUCUCUGUUGCGUUGACACAAAAAAUGCAAUGUUUAUUAAUCAAUCGCCAUGUUUAUAUUGGGGUGUUGGCAAGAAUCUGACGAUACAUAUCACGAUACAUAUCACGAUACAUAUCACGAUACAUAUCACGAUACGUAUCUCAAUAUAUUCCAAGACAAUACCAUUGAUAAAAUUUCACUAUUUUUUAAAGAUUCUGAAAACUUUAUUUAAAUAUGAAUACACCUUUCACAUGAAUAAAAUGUUAAAAUAUACUUUUGAUUUAAUGAUCAGAACAUUAAGCCUGCACAUUCUCACUCGUUCUUAUAUGUGCCAAGAAGCAUGGAAUCCACUUUUUCAUACAGCAUCAGUACCAACAGAUUCCUUAUUGGUAAUCAUCCUUAUUUAACACUAAGUUGUAUAUGUGUCUCAUUUUGCUAUUUUACGACAACAAUCAUGAGGCUCAGGAGUUCACAUCUAAAACAAGAUGGUUCUUGUAAGAUUUUGUUGUUGUAGAGCUGCUAAAAGAGGCUCUGUGCUGCCAACGGUUGAGAGUUCUGGUGACGCUGAACUGCAUGCUUACUUAUAAAUAAUACAUCAAAUAUCAUGUUGGCAGCAUUUUAAACCAAUACAAGUAUUGCCAAAUGAAGUUAUGUGAUAUUUCACUGAAUCAAUAUUUUCUUACACCCUUAGUUUUAACACAUUCUCACUCCCAGUCGUCACAUAUUGAGGUUUAGUUAAGGGGCCCUCUGCAUCACUUCUUAAAAUGUUGGGUGUCCCCUAGUCGUUUUUUGAUGUGCCGACUGUUCCCAUUAAAUCACGGUUGCGGCCAACCUUCAGGCCGCAAACCAGAACCGGUUCAGUACCACGACGCAUAGUGCGCUUGUACCCAGACUCGGUACUGGUAACCUUACCCGACACCAAACCAGAUGCAGUACUGGACCCAAACCGUCUCAAGGACCAGUUCACAUCUGGAACUGCAUCCAGUACUGCUUCUGGUACCGCGUCCCAAGGGUUGAGGACCCCUGAUUUUAAGAACAGCCAAGCACGUCAAAGUUGCGAGUUGGGGACACCCAAAACGACAAAAGUGACAUUUUCGGGCCUUAAGCAAAGGUCAAUAUGUGAUGACUUGGUGAUGAGAAUUUGUUGCUAGUUUACAUCGCCUUCGUCAUGUCUGUGUAUGAUAUCCCCCCACUCUGUAAUGCAACACAAACUUUACACUGAAGUUCUAUUUCAGCAAAUCAAAUUUGUAGCAAAAAGCCAGACAAAGGGAAACAGAUCCAGGUUUCAAAAUAAAAACUUCCAUUGUCCUUUCAAAAUAAAAGUUGAUAAAAUAUAGGUGAAGUGCAUAUGCAAUAACCUACGUUAAAGUCUGCAGAUAACAGCAAUGAACGUUAAAAUUUUAAUUUUGGAAGUAUAAAAACACAACAUUAUUUAUGACAUCCAUUUGCAAGGACUCAGUGAGGAAGAAGAUUGAACCUGAAACUACUCAGCAGGGGGAUGGAAAGACAAAAGUCUCCGGAAGCUAGAGAAAAUGUAAACUGUCCCACGCAAUGCAACGGAGACGCUCCGCAGACGGACCAGUGUAAAUCUGAUGACAGCACAGCCAUGAACAGAAAGAUAGAAAAUAACAUUGUUGUUCAACCUUUUCACUCUGCUUCAGAGGAAGAAGCUUAGUGUUGGAGAGGCAAUGAGAAAAUGAGACAAUGGCAUGAAGAUACCUUAAGGCUGCAAGCAUGGAAGAAAACUCACAGCUAGUUAGUUCAGAGCAAAAUGCAAGUAUAGCAAAAAAUAAAUAAGUAAAUAAUUCCUAUAAGUACAUAAGUGCAGAUAUAAUUACUGUAUUUUUCUGAGAAUAAGUUGCGUUUUUUUGGCAUAGUUUGGCAAGAGUGCGAUUCAUACUCAGGAGUAACUUAUAUGCGAUUUAAAAAAAUAUAAAUAUUAGCUCAUAUUUUCAUUAUUUUUUCCAAAACAAAUAGUUGCCCUUAAGGUGUUGUUUUCCACUAACAACCACCAGAGGGCAGUGUAGUUGUGUGUAUUAGUAAUGGCCACUGACAGCAACACAGAAGAAGAAGCGCCAUCCAAAACAAACAUGGAGAAGAACGAUUUUUAGAGAUCUUGAAAAUAAAUCAACCCGAUCUCUCAACAUGAUCCGUGUCUUCCAUGCACUGAAAAUGACAUAUACAGUCAAUGCUAUGAAUUACAAACUGCAAUGACGCGAAAAACCCUGAUGCUAGCUUCUCCCACACACAUCUGGAGUGUCUAAUUCACACGUGUCAAAGUCAAGGCCUGGGGGCCGGAUCCGGCCCCCCAGGUAAUUCUAUCCGGCCCUCCCGAUCAUUUUAUUUUAUUGUUAUUAAUGGCUCGAUGUUAUCUUGCACUGUU